AUGGAGAGGAGGUUGUUCCUAGUUCAAAUUCUGAUAUGGGUGAUUGUAGUGAUGGCGCAGAUACAUAGAUACAAGAGCUGUGUUGAGAAAGAAAGGAAGGGUUUGUUGGAGCUCAAGACAUACCUGCUGCUCUCAGGGGACAAGGAAGACCGCACUUUUGAUACUUGGAGUAAUGACACAGUGAGUGAUUGUUGCAGGUGGGAGAGAGUUAAGUGUAAUCGUACAACACUAAGGGUUAUUGGCCUCGCUCUCCAUGAACUUGAUUUGAUAGAUUCUCCUCUUCUAAAUCUUUCCUUGCUGUAUCCCUUUGAAGAGCUUCAAAAUCUGAACUUAUCUAGUAGCUGGUUCAGAGGAUUCAGUGCCUCGUUCGUGGAUGGGAUUUGCGAGUUGAAAAAUCUGCAAGAGCUCGACCUCAGCUAUAACCAACUCAUAGGUGAGUUUCCAUUAUGCUUAACCAGCUUGACUGGACUCCGAGUUCUUGAUCUCUCAUCAAACCAAAUAAAUGGGGAGGUGCCCUCAGCUAUUAGUAGCAUUGAAUCCCUCGAGUACUUAUCACUGUUUGAAAACGAUUUCCAUGGUUUCUUCUCGUUGGGUUCGCUUUCCAACCUCUCAAAGCUUAAGGUAUUCAAGCUUUCUUCAGUAUCCAACUCACUCCAAGUGGAGUCAGAAGGAUCAUGGAAGCUUAACUUUCAGUUACAUGUGAUUGCACUUCGGUCUUGUAACUUGGGAAUGCUUCCUCAUUUUCUCCUACACCAGAAAGAGUUACGUCUGGUUGAUCUCUCCAACAACAGACUUCAUGGAGUAUUUCCUUCUUGGCUAAUGGAGAACAAUACAAAUCUUGAAGUUUUGGUUCUACAGAAUAACUUGUUUACGAGCUUUCAGCUACCUAAAUCUGCUCAUAAUCUACUUCUUCUGGAUGUCUCAGCUAAUGAGUUAAGCCAAACUUUUCCUGAAAACAUUGGGUGGAUACUUCCUAAUGUACGGCAUAUGAACCUAUCAGAGAACAGCUUUCAAGGAAAAUUGCCAUAUUCUCUAGGUAACAUGAAGAAGAUGUACUAUUUGGAUCUAUCUCACAAUGGUUUCUACGGGAAACUACCAAGGAGUUUAACAAUGGGUUGUUAUUCUUUGAUGUUUCUUAAGCUUUCUCACAACAAACUUAGCGGCCACAUUUUUCCGGAGCCAGCAAACUUGACUUCCUUGUUUGUCUUGACUUUGGAUAAUAACCAAUUUGAGGGGAAGAUUGGAGAUGGCUUACUGAACUCGAGUUCCAUAUAUGUGCUUGACUUGUCGAAUAACUAUCUAACUGGUGUUAUUCCUAGUUGGAUUGGCAACUUUUCUGACCUGUACAUGCUCCUGAUUUCAAACAAUCUCUUAGAAGGUCGAAUACCUGCUUCGUUGUUUGACAUGACUGUCAUCUCGCUGUUGGACCUCUCUGCAAACAGAUUGGAUGGCGACAUACCUCUACCCCUCAACUCCAACUUUGGCUUCUUGUUCCUGCAAGAUAAUGAUUUAUCAGGGUCUAUCCCAGACGCAUUACUGGAAAAUGUCAACAUACUUGAUCUAAGAAACAACAGAUUGUCUGGUAAUAUCCCCGAGUUCACCAACAGCCAAGACAUCUACAUUCUUCUUCUGCGGGGGAAUAAACUAACUGGUCAUAUUCCUGUCCAGCUGUGUGGCUUACGCACCAUUCAACUUUUGGAUCUUUCUAAAAAUAGAUUCAAUGGAUCCAUACCUUCAUGUUUUAGCAAUAUAUCAUUUGGUUUAUUGAAUGAAGAUGAGGCAUAUGCUUUUGGUAAUAAAAUAAGUUUCGGGUCUAGUGAUAUCUUUGGUGGUUUGGGUUUCGACUUGGACUUCUUUUCCGAGGAUGAUUUAGGCAUGUAUUAUAGAUCUAAGCUUAUGCUAGAUCCAUUUACUGUAGACUACAUGGCAGACAGUGAGAUCAGAAUUCAGUUCGCAACAAAACGAAGAUAUGAUUUCUACAUGAGUGAAACUCUUGGAUAUAUGUUUGGACUGGAUCUCUCUGAGAAUGAGCUAAGUGGUGAGAUCCCAGAAGAGCUUGGAGAUCUUGUUCAAAUACGAGCACUGAAUCUUUCUCACAAUCUCUUAUCAGGUGUCAUCCCAGAAAGUUUCUCCAAUAUGAAGGAUUUAGAAAGCCUUGAUCUUUCCUUCAACAUCUUACACGGCCAAAUCCCGAGUCAGCUUACAAAGCUGAGCAGUCUUGCUGUGUUUAAUGUCUCUUACAACAACUUAUCAGGUAUCAUUCCACUGAAAGGUCAAUUUAGCACCUUUGAUGAAACCAGUUACUUUGGUAAUCCUCUUCUGUCUUCUCUGUGGACAACCCUCCAACAGAAGUUGUAAUGAUGACACUUUGAAAGAAAAGCCGGCGGAUGUUGGAGAAGAGAAAGAAGAUAUGAUCGACAUUGUGUCUUUCUACUGGGGCAUUUUUGCAGCCUAUGUGACAAUACUGCUAGGGAUAAUUGCUUCACUCUCGUUUGAUUCUUCGUGGAGUCGAACUUGGUUUUCUGUUGUUGAUGUUUUCAUCCAUAAAGUGAAAAGUCUGAUAUCAUAGACUUUCUGUCAGGUCUAAGUUCUAACUCCUCUAUCUGUCUCUCCUUUUCUCUUUUUUAUCUGAUGGAAUGUGAAAUAUUCUCUGACUUGUAACUCAUGUAUUGUAGCUCCCCAUGAGAGCA